UUUGCCAACACAAGCGGAGCCAAUCUUCCAUUCAGCUCUGGACCCCCUCCCGGCCCUCAACAGCAACAGUCAUCGCAACAGCAACAGUAUAUGCCACAGCACGGUGCACCCCCUGGGCAGAUGGGAUACUCACAAACCCAAAAUAUGGUAA